GCCAUCGCCGCUCAGUCCUUCUAUGAGCCGAUCCGAACCCUGCAGAGUGGAGACCUUGAGAUGGGGUUUAAACAGGCUGACCGCGUCGUUGAGGGUGAGAUGCACAUUGGAGGUCAAGAGCAUUUUUACCUGGAGACUCACGUUACUCUGGCCGUACCCAAAGAAGAUGGAGAGAUGGAGCUUUUUGUUUCCUCGCAGUCCCCCAAUGACUCACAAUCUCAUGUGGCUAAGGUCCUCGGUGUCCCAGCUAACAGGGUCUUGGUCCGGGUGAAGCGGUUGGGUGGUGGUUUUGGGGGAAAAGAAAGUCGUUCCACAGUGUUGUCAACUGUUGUUGCAGUGGCAGCGAACAAGCUGAAGAGGCCUGUCAGGUGUAUGCUGGACAGAGAUGAGGACAUGCUCAUCACUGGUGGACGACACCCUUUCUUUGGGAAAUAUAAAGUUGGUUUUUUAAACAGUGGGAAAGUCGUAGCCUUGGAUGUGUCCUAUUACAGCAAUGCUGGAAACUCACAGGAUCUUUCUCUAUCAAUUAUGGAGCGCGCUCUGUUUCACAUGGAGAACUCCUACAGGAUACCAAAUGUGCGUGGCCGUGGCUUCCUGUGCCGCACCAAUCUGCCAUCCAACACCGCUUUCAGAGGGUUUGGAGGACCACAAGGCAUGAUGAUUGCUGAAAGCUGGAUAACCGAUGUGGCUCAGAGUCUGGGCCGUCCAGCUGAGGAGGUGCGAAGGAUUAACCUGUACAUGGAGGGGGAGAAAACGCCAUACAACCAGAUCCUGCAUGGACUGACCUUGGAUCGAUGCUGGAACGAGUGUCUGUCACAGUCCAGAUAUGAAGAAAAACGAGCCGCGGCUGACUUCUUCAACAAGUAAGACUGGGCUAGAGGUUCUAAGGUCUGGUGAGU